CUCGCGCGGGGUGACGGAGCAGCUCCCCUCGCAGCCCGUGUGGCACGCGGUUGCGUGAGCGACGCACGCCCUCGCGCCGGGGCCCCCCUCGCGCACAGCGCUCCCCACCGCUUCGCGCGCAUCUCCUCGCGCGAGCCACGCCUCGCGCAGGCGGUCCGCGGCCAUAUUGACGCUCCCGUCUGAGUGUGUGUGUGUGUCCCGUUUGUCGGCGCGGAUCCAUCUGCCGUAGUCUCUCCCGCAAGUCGCCGGCGGCCGAGGCUCAGAGCUCAGCGAGCGGGGGCGGAAAGAGCCCUUUUCCUCCCUCCGUCCUUCCGCCUUUCCCGGUGGAUGUGCUGAAGCAGGCGGAGCGCCACAGCAGCAGGAGGAGACGCGGAGGAGCGGUGUGUCACUGACUGUGUGUCUCCCGUCGGACUCGGAGGUCGUGCAACCCCAGGUAUCCUGCCGUCCGUAGACGUAGGACGAGCUCUCUCUCUUUUCUCGGAGAACGAAGACGGGCAAAAAGGGUGUAAGGAUGCCGAAGCCGAUCAAUGUCCGGGUCACUACGAUGGAUGCAGAGCUGGAGUUUGCCAUCCAGCCCAACACCACCGGCAAGCAGCUCUUUGACCAGGUGGUAAAGACCGUGGGACUGCGUGAAGUCUGGUUUUUUGGGCUGCAGUAUGUCGACAGCAAGGGCUACAGCACAUGGCUAAAGCUCAACAAGAAGGUAACCCAGCAGGAUGUAAAAAAAGAGAACCCUCUCCAGUUCAAGUUCCGGGCCAAGUUCUUCCCUGAGGAUGUGUCAGAGGAGCUGAUCCAGGAGAUCACGCAGCGCCUCUUCUUCCUGCAGGUGAAGGAGGCCAUCCUGAACGAUGAGAACUACUGCCCCCCUGAGACGGCUGUGCUUCUAGCUUCCUAUGCUGUCCAGGCCAAGUAUGGCGACUACAGCAAGGAGGCGCACAAGCCCGGCUACCUCGCAAACGACCGCCUGCUGCCUCAGAGGGUUCUGGAGCAGCACAAACUAACCAAGGAGCAGUGGGAGGAAAGGAUACAGACAUGGCAUGAGGAGCACAGGGGCAUGCUCCGGGAGGACGCCAUGAUGGAGUACCUGAAGAUCGCCCAGGACCUGGAGAUGUACGGUGUCAACUACUUUGAGAUCAAGAACAAGAAGGGCACAGAGCUCUGGCUGGGUGUGGACGCCCUCGGGCUCAACAUCUACGAGCAUGAGGACAAAUUAACACCAAAAAUAGGCUUUCCCUGGAGCGAGAUUCGAAAUAUUUCUUUCAACGACAAGAAGUUUGUCAUCAAGCCCAUCGACAAGAAGGCCCCAGACUUUGUGUUCUAUGCACCACGGUUGCGGAUCAACAAACGCAUCCUGGCACUGUGCAUGGGCAACCACGAGCUGUACAUGCGCAGGAGGAAGCCUGACACUAUCGAGGUGCAGCAGAUGAAGGCCCAGGCCCGUGAGGAGAAGCACCAGAAACAGCUUGAGAGGGCACAACUGGAAAAUGAGAAGAAGAAGCGGGAACAUGCGGAGAAAGAGAAGGAGAGGAUAGAGCGUGAGAAGGAGGAGCUGAUGGUGCGACUCAGGCAGAUUGAGGAGCAGACGCUAAAAGCACAGAAAGAGCUUGAGGAACAGACGCGCCGGGCCAUGGAGCUGGAUCAGGAGCGGAAAAAGGCCAAGGAGGAAGCUGAGCGGCUGGAGAAGGAGCGUCAGGCUGCAGAGGAGGCCAAGGCCACGUUGGCCAAGCAGGCGGCCGACCAGAUGAAGAAUCAGGAGCAGCUGGCUGCAGAGCUGGGAGAGUUCACAGCGAAGAUCGCUCUGCUGGAGGAGGCCAAGAGGAAAAAGGAGGAGGAGGCCAUAGAGUGGCAGCAUAAAGCGCUGUCGGCUCAGGAAGACCUGGAGAAGACCAAGGAAGAGCUGAAGACCGUGAUGAGCGCCCCUCCAGCCCCGCCUGCACCUGCGGAAAACGAGCACGACGAGCAGGACGAGAACAGCGCCGAGGCGAGCGCCGAACUGUCGAGCGACGGCGUCACGGACCACCGCAGCGAGGAGGAGCGCAUCACCGAGGCGCAGAAGAAUGAGCGCGUCAAGAAACAGCUGCAGGCGCUGAGCUCGGAGCUCGCCCAGGCUCGGGACGAUACCAAGAAGACUCAGAACGACAUGCUGCAUGCGGAGAACGUGAGGGCCGGCCGGGACAAGUACAAGACGCUCCGCCAGAUCCGGCAAGGAAACACCAAGCAGCGUAUCGAUGAGUUUGAGUCCAUAGAGGCUUGAGGGACACGACAGACAACCCGUCCCCUCACAUCUUGCCAAAGCUCUGACCAGCCAAGGUCAGCCAAUCGAGCCGCUCCCUGCGUAGAGCUCCGCCCAUCGACAUCAGGAAUUUCCCAGUUAGGAGCAGGCAGUAUAUCCUGUUGUUUGUAAACUUUUCCUAGUUUCAUAAAGGAUGGUCUAAUGCUUGCAUGUCUGAUGUUACAAAAAAGAAAAAAAAAAACUACAAAACACAUAAAUAUUUUUUGCUUUUACUGAAAUGGCCAUUUAUAGCUUUUUGAUGUUACUAGCAAACUUGUAUGUAAAAGCUUUAAUAUCUUACAUCCUGUCUUCAGCUGAAAGUUGAAUUUUCCUUUUGAAAACUCCUUAUUUUUAACUCUUAUUUUAAUCCGCAUUUCCGUCCUAACUGUUCACUGAGGAAGUCUGUGACUUGGGCCCUGAUCUUUACGAGCAGGACCGGUGCUCUGUUCUGCACCGUUGUCCCAUGGGAGACAGUAUAUAUUCAUCCCCCCCCAUAUCUCAGUCAUCCCAGUCCAAGCCACAUGCGCACAGGUCCCAUGGAGAUGUCAAGCAAUGGCUUUACGCUCUUUGUGUGACUGAGAGACAGAAGAGUGCAUUAGCUUGGCUUCUCUGGAGCUGUGAGCGGCGACGGCGUCAUCGUGGUUUUUUCAGUCUGGCUGGACCGAGAGCUCAGUACGGGCACAGUUUGUAGGAAAGAUGAGCAGCAAUGAGGGACUUUGCACCCUGUUUGUGUGGACUGUGUGCUUCUGGUCUCUCUGGACCGCAAAGGUGCAAAAACACAAGUUCACAGCCCUCCCCCGUUCACCACCACCCUCACACAUCACGCCCCUGCAUUUCUCUGACCAGUCAUCAAAGAUGGUUUUCUUUGCCUGCCAGCUCACAAAAGCGUGUGUGCGUGUGUGCGUGUGCGCGUGUGCGCAUGUAUGUGUCUGCCUGCAGGGGGUGGAGCCUGCAGAGGGCCAUCCUGGUGGCUGCACACAGGCUCCUCCCCCUGUCUUCCUGGAGCAUGAUGUUGACUUCGGGUGCUUUCUGGCUGGGGAACAUAUGAAAACAUCAGUCCUGAGACGAGGACGCUUCACUACCUCAUUGCUGUUGCGGUGACUGGACAGUGAAACGCUGUGGCUGAACACCCCCACCCCUCCUGCCCCACCAGUCCCCCAUUUGGAAAAGUUUGCACGGCACCGCUCCGAGGCCUGCUUCCGGACUCUUCCGAGCACAGCUGCCUUCUGCUGCCUGAGGGGGAAAGCGUCGAAAGUAGCAAGACGAGGUGUUUGACAGCGAGUGUGUUUCCAAAGCGCAGUGUUUGGGGGGGCGGGGUUUGCUGAGUACUUUCUCUGGGAAAUAGUGUUUCUGCAUCACUCAUUUACGUUCUCUUUAUUUAUACCAAAGCGGUAAAGAGUAAACAGUGUUUGCUGCUGGACGUGAGCCCUGGUGGAGCGACCGCGGACAGGUGCUCUCGUACCCGCAGCCGUUGUGGCCGCCGGUGGUUCGUACUUCCAGAGCAGCGAAGUUAGGGUUGAAGGGUUGAGCUGUUUGUUCUGGAACACAUUCAGGUUCUCGGUGUCUUCUCGCAGUAUUUCAGACCUGAAGACGUCCAGUAGAGCGACGCAACUCGCUGGAGAAAUAUUAAGCAAAGGGAGGAAUAUAUUUCUUUAAUUUUUUUUUUUAUUUAUUUUUUUUUCCCUUUUCCUUCCCCUUUCUGUUUGUUGUGGACAGAUGGGGUUGAUUAGUGGCUCAAAAGCAGCACAUGGGAUUUAAAUAGUUUAGCAUUUGAAAAGCCCCCCCCCCUCCCCCCAAAAAAAAGAUGCACCACCCCCACCACUGAACGGAAAGUACAGAAUUUCUUGUACAGUCAAAGCUAACUUUUGAACAAAAUCCAUUCAUUAAAAUAAAGAUGCAAAACUCA